ACGACGACCACACAAAAUUUAGUUCCAUUCACUCUCACAUUCUCCCUCUUUGACAAAUCAUCCGUCCUUACUCGUGUCUCUCAGACCUUACGUCUAACAAAAACAACAGCUUCGCUAAAAUGUCUUACGGCUACGGAGGCAGUGGUGGUGGUGGCUAUGGCGGUGGUGGAGGGGGCUACGGUGGUGGUGGAGGCGGUGGCGGAUACGGUGGUGGUGGCUACGGAGGUGGAGGUGGUGGUUAUGGGGGCGGAGCUGGUAAUUUUUCCUCUGGCGGUGGUUACGGUGGCUAUGGAGGCUACGGCUCUUCCGGAGGUGGAGAUCGUAUGUCCAGCCUUGGCCAAGGUCUUCAAAACAUCGACUGGGGUCACCAACAACUCAUCAAAUUCGAAAAGAACUUUUAUGUCGAACAUCCUGCCGUCACACGUCGCUCAGAAAAGGAGAUCAAUGAUUUCCGUGCCGAGAAAACAAUGAAGAUACAAGGCACAAAUGUCCCUCGUCCUAUCAAGACCUUCGAUGAAGCCGGUUUCCCCGAUUACAUCAUGACUGAAAUCCACGCUAUGGGCUUCGCCGCCCCUACCCCCAUUCAAUGUCAGGCUUGGCCCAUGGCGCUUUCAGGUCGUGAUGUCGUAGCCAUUGCAGAGACUGGUUCAGGAAAAACUAUCUCCUUUGCCCUCCCCGCCAUGGUUCAUAUCAACGCUCAACCUCUUUUGGCUCCUGGUGAUGGUCCUAUCGUUCUCAUCCUCGCACCUACUCGUGAACUGGCUGUCCAGAUUCAAACGGAAGCCACCAAAUUCGGCAAAUCCUCUCGUAUCCGCAACACUGCCAUCUACGGUGGUGCCCCCAAAGGCCCUCAAAUUCGUGACCUUCAGAGAGGAGUAGAAGUCGUCGUUGCUACCCCCGGUCGUCUCAUUGACAUGCUCGAAUCAGGUAAAACAAAUUUGAAACGUGUGACUUAUCUCGUGAUGGACGAAGCCGAUCGAAUGCUCGAUAUGGGUUUUGAACCUCAGAUCCGAAAAAUCGUUUCUCAAAUUCGUCCCGACAGACAAACCCUUCUUUUCUCCGCUACCUGGCCUAAAGACGUCCAGCGACUCGCCAUGGACUUCCUUCACGAUUUCAUCCAGGUGAACAUUGGGUCUCUCGAUUUGACCGCCAAUCACAAUGUACAGCAGAUCGUCGAAAUCUGCACAAACUAUGACAAACGAAAUAUGAUGUUGAAACACCUCGAACAGAUCUCUCAGGAGAACGCCAAAGUGCUCAUCUUUGUUGGUACCAAACGUGUUGCCGAUGAUCUCACCAAACACCUUCGUACCGACGGCUGGCCCGCUCUUGCCAUUCACGGCGACAAACAACAAGGCGAACGAGACUGGGUGCUCUCCGAGUUCAAAUCCGGUCGCAGUCCCAUCAUGAUCGCCACUGAUGUUGCCUCUCGUGGUAUCGAUGUCCGUGAUAUCAAGUAUGUGAUCAAUUACGAUUUCCCGAACAAUUGUGAAGACUAUGUUCACCGAAUCGGUCGUACUGGUCGUGCUGGACAAACAGGUACUGCCUACACAUUCUUCACCGCUGACAACUCAAAGUCAGCCCGAGAAUUGGUCGGGAUCCUGCGCGAAAGCAAGGCCGACAUUCCUCCCGAACUGGCCGAGAUGGCGCAGUACGGCGGGGGAGGUGGUGGUGGUAGAGGUAGAGGAGGUCGCGGUGGUGGUGGUGGAAGAGGAGGCGGCGGUGGUUACGGUGGAGGUGGAGCGUACGGUACUGGAGCUAAUUCUGGUGGAGGAGGAGGUUACCAGAGCAGAUGGUAAUUCUCAACCUUCGUUUGGAUCCCUCACGCAGAGUUUUCGUAUUUCACGCUCGCUGUACGAGAUCACGUACUGACUUGACUCGUGUUCGAUAGAUAUACCAUUGUUUAGACAUUCCAUGCAGUCAUACUGAUCCGUC